CAAACAUAUUCCGGUGAACAUCGGAUGCGCAUUCGGCUUUGACCAUCCGAUGUUCAAACCUUUGAACAUCGAACGUUCAAAUUUCGUAAAAAUUACCAACACAAUUAAAACUUAUUUCAAUGUAUGUGUGAACCUCCCUAUCGAGCUGCUCUCUUCUUCUUUAACUUUGUUUCAAUAGCGGGGAUUCUUCCUUCAUCGCGUUUGACAGUUGGAGUUUUUUUUUUGCUAGCGCAACGUUUUGUGUUGCCCGGAAUAAAUCCGUAAUUUUCCGGAUCUUUCAUUAAAAUUUAAAUUUCAGUGUGUUAAGAUCAGAAACUUAUUUUUUUUCUGUGAACCGACAUCCCGGUCGCGCUGCAGGUAAGGCAGUCAACGCUUUAAAAUUCUUGCUUAAUUUAAUUACGAGUACACUGAAUCAACAGGAAAUGGCCGCUAACUUCACCUGCCAGGACAUUGACGCGUACGCGAACCUGAUCGGCAUAAACUCGUUCUGCAAAACGCGCUGGGCCAGCAACCAGAACCAGCUGGUGACAUCCGGGACGUUGUCGCCGGUCGAGGACGACUCGGUUGGUAACCUGAACCUGGCGGACGCCGAGCAGUGUGGCUUCUGCAGCCGCACCCGGACUGAUGACGUUCAACCCAAACCAGCAGAUCUCGCUGGAUCAGCUUCAGCUGCUGAGUCAGCUGCAGGCCACCAAGACCGCAUCCGGAGCGACGGUCCUCCACCACACGCCCGGCUGCGGACGGAAGCCAGCAGCAGCAACCCAAGUUUGUGUUCAACGUGGACGCAGCAGCCCCAAACGGGACGUCCUCCGGCGUUGAUUCCGGUUGACGCGUCAGGAAUGCCCACGAAGAUAGCCAAAAAGAGUGACAAGUCACGCAAGGAGAAGAACCGGCUGGCCGGAGUACGACAGGCGCCGGUAGAUCAACAAAGUGCAGCCGCAGCGGCCGCCGUUCCCGGAGGAUAUCAGUUUGAGGUUAGUCCCGCUCCGGCACCCAUUCAAAACCCGGCUGGAAACGUCGUCCAGGAGCGUCAAAUUGACGUGGACUCGGAGACCGAUUCCAACCACGAUACCGCUGGCCUGGCCUAUGCCGGUGGUCAUGAAGAACUGGUCGAGUUGCUCAUCAGUCGCGGUACCAACAUCGAACACAAGGACAAGAAGGGCUUUACGCCGUUGAUCUUGGCCGCAACCGCAGGUCACGAGAAGGUCGUCGAAACGCUGCUCCGACAUGGGGCGAAAAUGGAUCCUCUUUAAAGAAUUCGACCUCGAAAGAAGCCGCGAAGAAAGUCGCAAAGCGGCCGCGGCCAAACAACGCGAACGGAGGAAGCGCAGAAAGGCUGAAAAGCGCGAACAGCAGCGCAAACUAGUCGAAGGCGAAACCAAACCGGGCGCCAACAUCGAUGACGACAAGGACGCGGA